UUGCAGGUCUAAUAUCACCUGUCAGUAACAGCAGCACAGAUGGGCCUUGCAUAUCUUCACCUCAAGAUAACUACCUGGAGAUGGCUAGCCCUUCUGAGCGCACCAGUGUUGCUCUUGGUUCCCAUCCAGAGCGAGGGGCUUAUCUAUGUAUGGAUAGAAUUCAGUCCCAAGCACAUGGAGGCUCAUCUCAUGAAAACUCUGGAUAUUUGUCAAUGGGGCCCCUUAAUUCCCCUGGAUCUAUUCUUCCUGCCUGGCUGUCUCAUUCCUCUAGUCAGGUAUCUUCACCACCACAGUCUGCUUGCCAUUCACGUAUCUCCAGUCUGGUAGAUGACACCACUGACAGUUACCUGUCCAUGGUACCUGGAGGUCAAGUAGGGGACAUUGGUGCUGGUGAGAGCAGUGCUCAAGACCGUUCAGAUGGCUACUUAGAUAUGACUCCCACGCCUGCUGUUCCUACGCCCAUUCCUUAUAGCCCAUCUGAUGGUGAUUCCUUUCCUGAAAUGUCCCCUGGCAGCAGCUGCUCGUUUACAUCUGGAACACCUUCAUCUGAUCAUCGCUUUCCUGACUUUAUAGCUGAGAAGAGCGGAAGUGGUUCAUAUUACGGAUAUUCCGAAGACGAUGAUUCCUCGAUUGACCGACCUAUCAGAACUAAUUCGGUUGGCUCUAAACCUGAACAGUUUAGAAGCCGCAAGAAUAGACUGGAAGUGAGCCCAGCUGAGCCUGCCCGUGUUCGAGCCUUCUCUGUGGGGUCACGAGUCAGUCUCAGGCUUGCAGGUGGGAGAGCUGGCCAGGUGGCAGGUGGUGCUAUUGCUGCCACAUCUGUUUCUGUCACCGAAUUCUCUCCCUCUAUUAAGGAGAAGGGCAAACAAGUGAAAAGCAAGUCAACAAGUGCUCCCAUAUUGGGAUCAUCACCAAUAUCUAAUUCAUGGUCGGGCACUCCAGGAACCUUCUUCAAAGGAUUUCUUCACACUCGAAGCCAAGAACGUAAUAAUGACCUGAUGGAAUUUGACUUUUCAAAAAACAAAAGCUGUGACAGUAUAUCUGCUGACAAGGAAAAGAAGAGUAGCAGCUUUGAAAGCAUUAAAAGAACUCUGACUGGUCAGAGGCAUCGUUCAAAUUCAAAAUCCUCUGGGAAUGGCAAAUCAUCUGUAUUCGAUUCCAUAAAACGGGACAAGAAGAAAUCCGAGAGUGAGUUAUCUGCUAAGAGUAUUGAGCUUUCUGAAAGGGGCAACUACUAUGAAAUUGAUAUUAAUCCAAGCCCUCAUCGCAAGACCUCAGACUCUUAUGAUGGGUAUCUUCCCAUGAAACCUGCCAUAACUACAACUCAACCUUUAUGUACCUCAGAAUACUUGGAUAUGAGUAGUAGGGAUUCAUUGAUUAGACAGACUUCAUUUGCAGAUCCUUAUGUAGACAUGUCCAGAGGCAGUGAUCGAUUAGGGUCUUCAGGGUCUCAUGAUGGCUAUGUAGAUAUGAGUCAAGGGAAAGGUUUAGGGCCACUCCCUCUAACCUCAGUUUCUUCAUUGUCCACAACUUCAAACAGCUCAUCUUCCAUUGGUGCUAGAGUCAGAAAGAUUUCGUCCACCUUAAAUGUAUUGUCUUCCCAAGACACUACUACUCAGUUGGAUGAAUAUAUUCCCGUAGACUUUCGUAGUAACAUUGACUCCUCUUCCCAUUCACUUGAUGGGGAAAGGCAUAAGAAAAAAGAGAAGAAAAGUAGUAAGCGAAAAUCAUUUAAGGAAAGCACUAAAAGAAAGAAAUCUGAACCAAUAAAUGUUAUAGGAAAAAGCAGUGAUAGUGAAGGACUACAUGAAGUAAGUAAAAAAGGUACAAGCCCGUUAUCUUCCCUGACCACUCUUCUAGGUCGUAAAAACUCGGGCACACCUCCUAAGACACCUCUCUCCCCCACAGGUAGUCCACUUCCAAAAUCAAAUCGAGGAACUCCUAGUCCAUUUUCAAGUUUGACUCGAAGUAAAAACAGGGAUGAUAAGGAUGGUCGUCGAGACAGUGUUGUGAAGGAGAGCUCUGGGGGAAUGACCUCCAGCUUAAGCUCAGGCAUUGGCACAAGCUGUAUUAAAGAGUCAAGUAGAGAGGCUGAAGAGAGUGCCAUAUCUCAUGAUAAUGUGGGUGUCACUACAUCCUCACAGACAGUUCCUAAUAGUGGUGAGCAGCAGAGUAAACAAACAUUAAAUAUUAAUGAUGGUAGCAAGAGAAUUUCAGGGAUCUUUGAUGCCACAUCUCAGGCAGAUGCAAAGCAGGAGGAAAAUUGGGGAUCUAUUGACUUAGAAUCAUUAUGUAAAGACAGCAGCAGCAGUCAGCAGCAGGUUAAUACCAGUGGCAGUGAUCAAGGGGCAUAUGUUAAUUUAGCACUUGGUUCUUGUGAUAAAACUACAACAACAGAAGUUAGACAGCGAAAAGUUUCUAAUUCAUCAGUGUCUUUGGAUUAUAUGAAUGUAUCUCCAAUGGGAUCUGGUAAAGUUUCGGAAAGUGACACACACAAACCUCAUGAGUAUGUUAAUAUGUGCCCUGGAGGACGUUCUGAGUCUGUACAUGGUGGUAGUUCUUCUCUAGCCCCUGCUCAGCCUCCUCCUCCUCCUCUGAAUAUGAUGCCUCCCAGUACCAAAAGUAAUAUUCCUGGAAGUAGUGAUACCAGUGAUAAGAGUAGCCCUAAUAUAGGACAAGGAAUUUCUAGGCAACAGAGUCAAAAAGAUAGUGAAAGAUUAAGUAUUUCUAGCAGUAGUGGGGGGACUGAAGGUGGUGGCGAGAGUGGUUACUUACUGAUGACUCCUGGACAACCUCCACCACCUAAGCCCUCUUCUCCUCGAAUGGUAACUCAGCGACCAGACAUUCCCCCGGCAUUACUUGGUGGUCGACCAGAGCCUUCCCUCACUGCUACCCUUGAACGACUUAAUUUUAGUAGCUCAGUUGGCAGCAGCUCUAAUGAGCGCUGCCGGAGUCACAGUGGGCCAGGAGCGCCAGAAGGAAGUUCCGUAGGCAGUGAGGUGCGUGUUAAGAAACAGCUCUCAGAACCAAGAAGUGGUUCUGGAAGUCAGGGUAGCAAUGGGCGGGCAGCUUCAGCAUGUUCCUCCCCAGUGUCAUAUUCGCCACCUACUUCUCCUACUUUGGGUGGCUCCGUAUCCUCUGUAUCAUCCCUUAGUGAGGGUGGACUCUCCUCUGCUUCAUCCACCUGUACUGUGGUUAACUUGGGUGUGGGACGGCGAGAGGGAGGGUCAAAUGUAACAAGUCGUGUUCAAGAUACCCCGACAGAAUUGGUAGCUCAUUCCACUGUUCCUUCAUCAGUAUCCAGUCAACAGUCCUCAGCAGUUGUUAGCAGUGGAGACACUGGGCUAAAUUAUGUCGCCUUAGACCUAGGUCCAGCUAAAUGUGAGGGUGUUAGGCCAUCACCCCGAACAGCGCGUCGAGCUGUAAGCACGACAGUUACUCAAGGAGCGUGUAUUCAAGAACCCACGGUUGGAGAUGAUGAACCCCUCAGUUAUGCUCAAAUAGACUUCACUAAGAGUGAGGGUUUGCGGACUACCUCACUCUCACGUGACCACCGACAUUAACAUUCUCCUGCCUCCCCUAACACACAUACCUCUCCUUCAAUUCCUACACCCACGCAAAUCAAAACUGUAUAAAUGAUUUAUAAAAUUAAGUAAUUAAGUUAAUAAAAGUAAAAACAUGUGAGUACUA